CCCGGGCCCCUCUUUCUUGAGGAUGCCGGCCUCCUUGUUCACAUCGACGGAUUGAGCGACUGUCGAAGAAGUUCAAGCUUCCCCCGGACUGUCCUCGAAAGCCAGCAUGGAGGCAACGGGCCUGGCCAUUGCCGUCAUCGGCCUGUGCGCCGACAUCCUCGCUCGACUCGAGAGCGUCAGAAACGCUCCCGGCGCAGCGCAGGGACUGCUCGUUCGAGUGGAGCGCGCCCAAGAUUCGUUGUCGAGGGUAACUACGAUUCUGGCACGCGAGUCUUCGUCAACUUCAGAGGCCUUUGGACGUGAAUCCUUGCAAAGUCUCCAGGCAAGCUUGCAACGUUUGAGCGAGACAGUCGAGAAGCUGCAUCAAGACCUCCGCGGCAAAAGGUCGCGCUGGCUCCGUUCUCGAUUGCCCUUUGCUCUGGAUGCGAACAAAGCACAGGCUUACGAUAGAGCUUUGGAUCGACUCGUAGCGGACAUCACCGUUUUUACGAGCACGGCUAAUUUAGAACAGGUUUCUUUGCUUGCGCGUGACCUGCGUAACUUACAAAUCCCUCCUAGAAACAAACAGAAGAACGGGUUCAACGUGAAGUUUCACACCGCAAACGUACCUUUCAUUCACUAUUUCGAAGGCAGAGAGGCUUUUCUUUCUCGAUUAGCCUCGGGCCUCCUGCCCGAGUUAUCUCAUGGCCACAGAAAACUUGAGAUCAUAUCAGGGCUCGGGGGUAUAGGAAAGACCCAACUGGCCAUCCAAUUUGCACGGUUAAACGAAGACAGAUUUUCCGCCAUAUUCUUCGUCGACGCCAACAACUACGAGUCUCUUUCUCAUGGCCUUUUACGAAUCCAUCAGUUCUUAUGGGGCGGCGAUGGCAGCAGGCAAACGCGCAAAACCGCGGAUGGGGUACAGAUUUUGGACAGCCUUAUGAUUCACGAGGUGCUUGAUUGGUUUUGCCUGGAAGGGAACACACGGUGGCUGCUGAUAUUUGAUAACGCUGACAAGCAACCUUCUGAUCCUGAAGGUGUUGAUAUCACCAGAUUUUUCCCGCCCUGCAAUGCUGGCUCCAUUCUCAUCACAACCCGGCUCAAUCCGCUCCACAUCGCUGGGCUCUCAAAACCCCAAAUUCAAUUACAGCCCAUGACUCACGACGAGUCUAGAGGCCUUCUGAACUACUACAUGACCAUGGGGGUAGAUUCCCAUACCGUGGGCAUCCCAUCGGAGUCAGAAGCACAACAAACAACUUUGCUCGAGCGACUUGAAGGGCUCCCACUCGCGCUAGCGCAGGCAGGCAGCUUUCUGAGAAUGACUAGAAUGAGCCCCGCCGAGUAUCUCACCGUUUAUGACGGCUCCAGACGCCAGCUCCUGGAAUCCCACCGGUCUUUAUUCGGAAUGGACGAGGGUAAUCUUCGUGGGAAUAUUCGGACUACAUGGAGUUUGUCCCUGAGAGACUUGGGGCAAAGGGCAAGUCCGGGCAACAAAUACGACAAUGCCCUAAAGCUCCUGCGGCUAAUCACUUUCUUCGACCCAAUGGAUAUCGACUUUACCAUCCUCUGUCGGGGUCUCAUAGGCCAUCACAUACCGGAUUGGUUUGAAGCCGUCUUUGAGAGCUCAUUAUCCUUUGUCACUACUGCCGAGCUUCUGGUCGAGCGCUCGUUACUCAACAGAACCUCAAAUUACGCCACUUACUCAAUGCAUCGCGUUGUCUACGAUUGGCUCUGUGCUGAAGAGAACGGUGUUGAUGAGCAGUUGCUAAGCGUAGCCAUAAGUGCUAUUGCCUUCUCGGCUCCUGGCCCGCGCUCGAAAGCCUGGAGCCGGUCGGAGAAAAGGUUGAUCACACAUGUUGCCGCCAUGGAAAAGAGUCUUUCGCGGUGUCAGUUUGCAUCCGGCGUGCCAUUGGUGGAACCGGAAGCAUUAACACCAAGUCACUUUGAGCGAGCCCUUCGUCUCGUUCGGGAUCCGGAUUGGUACAAGAAAAUGACAGACGCCCGCUCGCCAUUGUCAACUAUUGUCUAUCUCUUGUCCAUCGAUGAGAAGGCACAGACAGGUCUCCAGAUUGUUGAAGUGGCUCUGGCUAGCCUUAAUUGCGAAGACAAUCGGCAAGCACAGGCUUCAGCGGCACUCAUGGAGUCCAAGGCCUUACUUCUGCGGGAACAGGAGAAUUUUGCUGCUUCGAGAGCCUGCCUUCUCAAGGCCAUGGGCCUGGCAAGAUCCCAGCUUUUGCAAUACGAUCUACAAUUGGCACUGGCUGUCGUCCUGGCAGAGGAAGACAAGAUACCCGAUGCUGAACGGAUACUUGAGGCCUGUAUCCUUGACGCUAGAAGGGUAGGUCUCGCCUUUGACCAUCCUUGGGUAAUUUUUGCCAUUGUACAGUUGGAAUGGUUCCUGAGCAAGUCGACGUCCCCCCAUGCCAUCGGCAAACGUGUUCGCCUUUUGGAGCCUUACCGGGCCUAUGCAGAAGAGACUGCCUCCCACAGCGCUGCAUCCAGGUUGAUUCUAUCUGGUCUGGGCGCUGCUUAUACAGAAAUGGAUGCAAUGGACAAAGCUUUGCCCGUCCUAGAAGCGGGGCUGGUAGCAGAGUUAGCCUCUGGGGCGGCAGAUGUCGGCCAACUGAGCAACCUAUACUAUGAUCUUUUCAGAGCAUAUCUGAAACUCGACAAGAUAUCUCAAGCCGUUGACUUCUGUGAGAAGUGGUUUGAGGCACGAGCAACGCAAUACGGGGCGCGGAGUAAAAAAGCGGCACAGGCCCUCAACGACCUGUGUUGGACAAGACUCCAGGCCCACGACGGUCCUAGCGCUAUAGAAGCAGGGAUUCGUGCAGCCGAGAUGCUGGGACCCGAUGACGGACGGGAAUACUGGGACCUCACCUGGAGGCUAAGGGAUGCCUAUACUAGUGUGAAGAAAUGGGAAGAGGCCACCAUAUGGGGCCGACGAGCCGAGGAAGCUUCUGCUGCCGUGUUCGGGACGGAAAGCGCCGAGUGUAAAGAUGAGAAGAGGAGUCUGGAGAAGGUUCUCCAACUGUGGAGAGAUUGAUGAUCUGCAAGUAAUUCGCAACCUUGAACUAGAUUAACUGGGUAACGUACAUGAGUGACCCAGACAGCACCACAUGGCAGCAUAGCGGCCGUUGAGUGCAAGGAGCUCCUGG